UUUGCCAAUUAUCUGUGCCUAGCGACUCUAACCAAUGUGAUAACUUGUGGCAGUGAACAUGUGACCUUGUUUCCUACAUAGCUCAUACAGAGUCAUUUCAGGCUGGCCAAUCAAACGCAGUCUUCUCUCUCAAGGGUGGAGAAGGUGCUGAGAUUCUGUCACUCAACACAAGGAUUCAAACACGAUGACAUCUCUGAGGCUUGUCUUCUUCCACCUGACAUGUCUGUUCUUGGGGAUAAUGGCUCAGGCAGCUGCUCUGAAGUUGUCCUCGUCUGUUCAACCAGACGGAGGUUUAUUAUCAUUAAAAACUGGGGACAACUUGACUCUGACAUGUUUCUAUAACGUUGAUGUUGCUGCAAGGCUUUACUGGUACAAGCAACCUCUGGGACAAAAACUACAGCUCAUCACUACAUUCUUUUAUUUUGAUACAAAUGGCACUUUUUACGGUGAAUUCAAAAACAAUCCACGCUUCACACUGGGUAAGGGGCAUGGUAAAUAUCACUUGAAAAUCUCAGAUCUGCGUGUUUUAGACUCAGCUACUUACCACUGUAUUCAUUAUAUAAACUCGUUAGAAAUUUCAGAGAGUAUUACUGUCAGUGUGACGGGUUCAGCUUGGGUCCAUCAGUCAGUUCUUGAGAUCAUCCAGCUAGGAGACUCUGUGACUCUGAACUGUACAGUACACACUGGGACCUGUGAUGGAGAACACAGUGUUUACUGGUUCAAACGGUCUCAAGAAUCUCAUCCAGGACUCAUUUACACCCAUGGAGGCAGGAAUGAUCAGUGUGAGAGGAAAGACAACACACAAACACACACCUGUGUCUACAACUUGCCAAUGAAGAGCCUGAAUCUUUCUCAUGCUGGGACCUACUACUGUGCUGUUGCCUCAUGUGGACACAUACUGUUUGGAAACGGGACCAAGCUGGACUUCCAAGACAAAGUGGACUCUCCUGUCUUGUUGUAUUUCUUAAGCGGAGCUUUGACAUUCACCACCAUCUUGGUAGUUUUACUGACUCUCUCAGUGUUCAAGAUGAGGAAGAGAAACAGUUACGGGUCUGCAGGUAACUGAUAAAAUCUACAUCUGACAGCUUUUAUUUUAUAUAUUUAAAGUUUUGAAUGAAUCAGCUUUAUUUGUGUUUCAGCGUCUCAGGCAAGAUCAUCAGCUCCGUCCACAACAAAUGCAGAGGGUCAUGGAGACUCAGACAACCUCCAUUAUGCUGCUGUAAGUGUCAGCCUGCCCAACAGAUCAAGAAGACAGAGGAACAACACCAACACGGAAUGUGUGUACUCCAGUGUGAAGCACUAGAACUGGACCAGUUUAAUUUCU